CUGUAUAGGAGAAGGAAGUGACAUCUGGGUCUUGUCUCUCUAGGACGCAGCAUUCUGUCUCUUUCUCAUCCUUUGAACUUCGCAGGAGGUUUACGUGGUUUGAAGGGAAGAGAACCAGAGGUGGGCGGAAAUUGGAAGCCAUUUGUGCUCUGUCUUGGAGGCAAAAAAUGGACAAAGAUGGCUGAAAAUCUUGCCUGAUCUGUAACUACAGGAAUGGUACCAAGACUGGAAAGGUGUUUGGAAAUCCACAAGAUUCCCUGGAUCCGUUUGAAGUUGCAGGACAGAAAGAAUGAAAAGUCAAUCUUUAGCAAAUGUGGGAAUUGGAAAAGACCCUUCUGUUGUUCAGCCUGAUAGCCAUGGGGAGAUCUGGGCAAGAACUGGACAGAAGAUCCCGGAGGAGAAAAUCAUACUUUCAGAAGUUCAGCCCUGGAACUUCAGGAAGUUCCAACACCAGGAUGAUGAGGGUCCCCGAGGACUUUGCAGCCGACUCCAUUCCUUUUGUAAUAAAUGGUUGAGAUCAGAAAAGCACACAAAAGCGCAAAUGCUGGACCUGGUUGUUCUGGAGCAGUUCCUGGCCCUUCUGCCCCUGCGGAUGGAGAGCUGGGUACGGGAGUGUGGAGCAGAGACUAGCUCCCAGGCGGUGGCUCUGGUGGAAGGCUUCCUUCUGAGCCAGGUGGUGGAGCAGAAGGAGAGGACUGACUGGCAGGACUUCAAAGUGGUGUUCAUAGAAGAAGAAUCCACUUCUUGAGGAAUAUUGUCCAUUUAUUCUUCUUUUUUUCCCCCCGCCUGCUAUUUCAAGUCCUUCGUGGUAAAGAUCAGGGAUCCUGAGAGACAGAGGCAUCCAUCAAAUUCACCUCCAGAAAUGUUUUUCAGGAUGAUCUCUCAGGAUGAUCCAAAUCAAGACACGACCAGAGGGAAGAAUAGAAGGAAGUUGGCCCUCCCUGAUGUUGAAGCUGAAACAGUGGUUGAAACUCCAGUUCAAGAGGGCCUUGUCUCCUUCGAGGAGGUGGCUGUGUAUUUCUCUGAGGAGGAGUGGUCUGUGCUGGAUCCUCACCAAAAAGCGCUGCAUUGGGAAGUCAUGCUGGAAAAUUACAGGAACGUGGCCUCUCUUGGUGAUAAUGGGCAGGACCAUAAAGACUCAAGCAAAUCAUUCCAAGACAUUCCAAGACAUGGAGAUGCAAUGAAGAAACCUGCAAUUCAAAUGGAAUUCCAAAGGCAGGAGAGAAACCCAUCAAAUAAUUGGAAUAAGGAAAGCUCAUUUUCCAUCGAUGUUCACAUGCAGGAGAUUCUUGACCAACAAAGAAAAAUACAGAAAAAGUAUAUCGGGGAAGGUGUAAAACUAUCCAAAGACACUUUAGACAUAAAUGAACACUAUCCACCCAAAGCCAAAGGACAAGAUUAUAUAUGCAGAGACAAUGGAAAAAAAUACAAUUGGAUGUUCCCAUUUCCUCAGGAAACUGGGUCUCUUACAUCUUGUAAAAAUCUUCCCAUCAGAGAGAAUCCAGAUAAAUGCAUGGAGAAUGGAAAGAGCUUCUGUGAAAAGAAGACUUUUACUGCUCAGAUAAUGAACCACACAGAGGAGAAGCCGUUUAAAUGCACGGAGUGUGGAACAGGAUUCCAAAAAAUUUCAUCCCUUGUGAGACAUAAGAGAAUCCACACAGGUGAUGCUCCGUAUAAAUGCAUAGAGUGUGGAAAGAACUUCGACAAAGAGAGUAAACUUACAUCCCAUAAAACAAUCCACACAGGGGAGAAGCCAUUUAAAUGCAUGGAGUGUGGAAAAGGCUUCAGAGUGCUCAGUAACCUUACAUCCCAUAAAAGAAUCCACACAGGGGAGAAGCCAUUUAAAUGCAUGGCAUGUGGAAAGACUUUUACUUAUAGGAAACAACUUAGUUCUCAUCACUUUACCCACACAGGGGAAAAACCGUACAAAUGCGUGGAGUGUGGAAAGGGCUUCAGCCAACACAGUAAACUUACUACUCAUAAAAGGAUCCACACAGGGGAGAAACCAUACAAGUGCAUGGAGUGUGGAAAGAGCUUCCGCCACCAUAGUGGUCUUACUUGCCAUAAAAGGAUCCACACAGGAGAGAAACCAUUUAAAUGCAUGGAAUGUGGAAAGGGAUUCAGUGCAAACUGCAAUCUUACUGCCCAUAAAUGGAUCCACACAGGAGAGAAGCCAUUUAAAUGCACAGAGUGUGGAAAGACUUUUAGUCAGAGCAGUGCCCUUACUCUUCAUAAAAGGAUCCAUACAGGGGAAAAGCCACAUAAAUGCAUGGAAUGUGGAAAGUCUUUUAGUCAGAGCCAUCACCUUACUCGCCAUAAAAGGAUCCACACAAGAGAGAAGCCAAUAUAAAUGCAUGGACUAUGGAGAGAGCUUUAAGAGGAUCAACAACCUAAAAUACACUUGGGUGAGAAUGUAUGCUAAUUCUAGAAAGUUAAUUAAAUUUAUAUUUUUUUUCUGUUAGACUGAAAAAGGUUCAUUUUUUUAGUUUGAUCCUCCCAAUUGGCAGGCUGAGGAAUAUGAGUUUACUAAUAAAAAUGAAAACAAUGGGCA